CAGAGACACGGGCAGACCCGACCCGAGGAGAUACUAGGCCUAGUGUAAUAAGUGAAAUGGUGGGUGGUCAGAGCCGGUAUCGUGGAUGGACGUGCUCGACUAUCGGUGCAUCGCAGAUCUCCUUCCUCCCUUCUGGUAACACUUUUACCGCCAUCACUACUUGUUUACAAAAAUUCCUUCUCUACUCCUUAAUUGUUGUAUUUUAUUCUCCUCUUUAGCGCAGCACACACUUUUUCUUCUUCUUUUCCAUCUUCUUCCCUUUGUUUAUAGUCAUUCAAGUUUAUUAUUAUUCUUACAAAAGAGUUCCUUGCCUUUCAACGGUUCAACCUUACCUUUUUAGGUGUGUUGAUGCACUAUGUUUAUGUUUAUGUGAACUAAGUGAAAAAUUGGUCUGGGGAAUAGCAAGUUCUUGAUUUCUUGUUGUUUUCCAACGUACUGUGGUGGUUCCUGCUGCCAUGCCUGCAAUGAAGAAGAAUUCUGAGUGCACUCACAUCGGAAAUGUAUUCAACAAGUUGGUGAAGCAGAUUGGAAAUCCAAUUGACUUUGAACUUCCAGAUGGAUUUUAUAAGUGGAAACCUGUGCCGUACACCUUUAUAAAGCGCAAUAUAUAUCUCACGAAGAAAAUUAAAAGAAGACUUGAAGACGAUGGCAUAUUUUGUGCCUGCAGUCCAUCACCAGGAUCAUCUAGUGUGUGCGGUAGGGAUUGCCACUGUGGAAUGCUUCUCUCUAGCUGCUCGUCAGGUUGUAAAUGUGGGAGUUCAUGCCUCAACAAACCAUUUCAGCACCGACCUGCGAAAAAGAUGAAGCUUGUGCAGACUGAGAAAUGUGGUUCUGGAAUUGUGGCGGAUGAAGAUAUCAAGCAGGGCGAGUUUGUAAUAGAAUAUGUUGGGGAAGUUAUUGAUGACAAAACAUGUGAAGAAAGGCUUUGGAAUAUGAAACACCGAGGAGAAACAAACUUUUACCUUUGCGAAAUCAAUCGAGAUAUGGUUAUUGAUGCAACAUAUAAGGGAAACAAGUCAAGAUAUAUAAAUCAUAGUUGUAGUCCCAAUACAGAGAUGCAGAAAUGGAUUAUUGAUGGUGAAACAAGAAUCGGCAUAUUUGCAACACGCGACAUUGAGAAGGGCGAGCAUUUAACCUAUGAUUAUCAGUUUGUUCAGUUUGGUGCAGAUCAAGAUUGCCAUUGCGGUGCUGUUGGCUGCAGGAGAAAAUUGGGUGUUAGACCAACAAAGCCUAAGAUGUCAUCAGAUGCUGCAUUGAGAUUAGUUGCAUGCCAGGUUGCUGUGUCCUCUCCAAAGUUGAAAGCAAUUCUGUCAGGAAAAGAUGUUUACCAGAAUGGAGGUCUGCAUAUCGGAAGCUCGCAAAAUUAUCUUAAUCUAAAUACUUCUCAUAAUUGCAUUGAUGAAGUAAUUAAAAUUAGGCGCCCUUCAGUUGAGAGAUCUUUUGGGAUUAUCACACGGUUUGAUUCAUAUUCUAGAAAACACUCGAUCAUGUUUGAAGAUGGAGUUACUGAGUCUCUUGACAUGUCAAAAGAAGACUGGGAAUUUGUAACAUUGUAGUGUAUUUUUAUGGAGCAUGUCUCUCACUUGUCAUAAGAUAAUCAAUUCAUUGCACUGGCACAACAAUGUAUUUAAUACUGCUGCUUUCUCAUAAAGCUAGCUAGUAUAUCUAAUGUAUUCUGUUUUUCUUUUCCUUAAUUUUCUUCUGCGGAGUAAUCUGUAAACUUCUCAUUGAUGUAUUGUAGAAUUAGGGAUAUUUAUGAGCAAAAGUACUUUACUUAAAAAGCUGUUUGGAUUCUGAACAAGAAUGGUUUCCA